AUGUCACAGGAUACCGGGCCACGUCUAGCAGCGACAGUCAUCGUUCUGUCCGUUUUGGCUUACCCGUUACUGGCGUUAAGAAUCUAUAUCAGACUCAGCACACGAGCAUGGGGUGCUGACGACUGGUCUAUGCUGUUCGCAGCCGUGCCGUUUACUGCUCUGACAAUAGCAUGUCUUGGUGGUGCUUUCAAUGGCAUUGGUGGACACGAAGCUGAGCUGGGCGACAAACAGGUUUCUAUCGGUCUUCAUGUUAUCUUCUACUGCAUUGCGAUUGUGCCCAUCAAGCUCAGUAUUUCAUUGAUGGAGAUGCGUAUCGCUAGCAGCAAGAAAAGUUUCGUCAUCUCGCUCUGGGUCACUUCUGCCAUGUUCAUUAUCAUGAACAUCAUCUCUCUCUUCGUCAUCAUCUUCCAUUGCAACCCCAUCUCGUGGGCAUGGGACACAACCACUCCCGGAGGACAUUGCAACUCUGCUACUACUCUUACCAACAUUUAUUAUGCUGACACUGCCGUCAACAUCUUCACUGACUGGUUCUUUUCGGUCGUCUUCCUUCUGAGCUUGGGUGUUCUGGCCAGUCUUUCUGCUUGCAUCCGUCUCAAGUACACCGUCAACUUGAACAACUCCCAAGACUACAUUCAUGGUGUUGGCGACAUUGUCAUUUGGGGCUACGCUGAGAAUGGUAUUGGUAUGGUGGUCGGCUGUCUGAGUACUCUGCGUCCAUUGUUCCGCCGUGUCUUCCACCUCGGCAGCUCUGCACCAGGCGCUUCCUCCAAGAUGAACGGAACCCGCUCAAAGGCCGGCCGCCGCAACUAUGUCAAUUGCGAGGCUGGUUACGAGCUUCCUGAGGGCGUGCGUCCCUCGGAUAGAGAUGUCGUUGUCAAGGGAGGUACUGUCAAGGAGACCAGCAUACGCGACUCUGACUCUGAGGAGCACAUCCUUUCAGACUACCCUGGCAUCAAGAUGACGAGGAGUGUCUUGCAAGAGACAAGUUUUGCUACCACAUCUACCACCGGAACCAGUCCGUAA